AUGGAUCCUUGGGUGAAGGACGUGAUGAAGAACGACGGAGAAGGUUUCCACAUUUCUGUGGAUGGGACGUUCAAGACUUCUCCGACUCAUUGGGCCCAGCAAUUCACGGUCAUGGUCCGCUUUGACUGUGGUCGCAUGUUUCCUCUAUUCUACGCUAUUCUCCCGAGAAAGAAUGGAAAUACCUACGAGCGAUUUUUUGCGGCGAUAGAGGGAUCGCUGACUCAGGAUGUGGGGAGCUGCAUGAUGGAUUUUGAAUACGCUGUGAGAAAAGCUUUCGAAGGCGUAUUCGGGAAAGGAAAGGUUGUUCUUUGCUACUUCCACUUCUGCCAGAACAUAAGGCGGAAGUUCGAGAGCCUUAUACGGAAGCCGGUUGCUUCUAAGGAGCAGCAGGCUCUGCGAGAAGAGGUUUACUACGACAUAUUGGCGCUCCCCUUUCUUCCGCUUGAUCUCGUGGACUUGGGAAUGGAUUUCAUCUGCGACAAACUCUCGGGAGACGACCGUCGUUUUCUUCUGAAGUACCUCCGCCCUUACUACGGCAUGAAAGGCAUUCAUCCAGCAAGAUUGUGGAACUUGCGUUUGCGCGUUGAGCAAGAACUACCGCGGACGAAUAAUGGCCAGGAGGGAUUCCACAACCGUUGGAACGGUCAUUUUCCGGGAUCAAGCCAUCCUACAAUCUGGUCAUGGAUAAGCGUGGUUCAUGAUCUCAUGAAGGAGACGAGGGCCGAAUUACUUAUGAUGCGAGAGGGGGAAAUCUGGCCUCGUGAAGCUCGAUACCUCGAGAAUGACGCGAUACUGCGCAGAGUUUGUCGCUUCAGAGUAGAUUCGGCGAGCCUCGGGAGCUGGUUCGAUAAAGUAAGGGCUUCCAUCAGGAGGAUCGUGAAGGAUAUGCGUCGCGAAGUUGACGAGGCGGAGUCUCUAGAGUUCCCUACUAUUGAGCCUGCUACUGAUGCGAAGCGCAAGGCAGACUUUGGUCCCAAUUAUUCGGGAGUGAAUCAGCGAAAGCGCCUCGCAGCUGUGACUCUCAACGAUGCGGUCGAAUUCUCGCAGGAUUCGGAAUCUUCUGAGCCUCCAAAUAACGACACUGUGGUGCUCGGGGUACCCGAGGGUUCCAGCUUGGAUGAUGGCUUACUUCGCAUGUUCAAUGAGGUGGCAGCUGCUUUCGCGGGCAACACCUUAGUCGAAAAUUCCUUAAUGGAGGCUCCUCCGAUGCCAGCUCAGGCUGAGGCGGGAUCUCAGGGUAUCGCAGUUCAACCACCUUCCCAGGAGAAGUCGGGCUCAGACGGAACUGACCGCAGUAUGGCUAUCGGGCUAUGGGUUUCCCCUGUGCCUGACAAUGAUUUGGUUGUCUUGCAGCCAAUAUCUGACGGCGGUUGUCACUUUACCUGCACGGUGCGGAUUAAUGGUGAUAUAUUUUACUUUGAUAGUUCAUACGGAGAGCAGGCUAAGGUCUCGGAUUACAUGAAGGUGUGGCCUUUGGUCAUGGAUAAUGUGGAGAAGAGGAUGAACCAGAUGGAACAGGCGCUAAUAAAGAGGCACAACGUGAAGAUGAUGAACGAGAUGCAGGAGGUGGUCAGACAAAUAACUACAGCGAAGACUAGAAAUGAAGAGAUCCUACUCGCCUAUAACACCCGCCUGGGGGAAAUCACUAGGGCUUUGACGGACCUAGCGGAGAAGCAAACUUCGUCUGAUUCGGUUGAUGAUCUUAAACGACAAAUUAAUCUCCUAAGACAACAUUUGAACAUAAGGUGUGGUCAGACCUCAGAGCAGGUGGGUCAGUUGAAGCAAUCUGUGAUAAUCACUCUACAAAGGGAAAGGACUGAGAUGCAGCAAAGAAUGUCGCAACUAAUGCGCAACGACCUAACUAUGGUAAUCCACCAAGUAGAUCGUCGGCUCAAGGAAGGACAUGCGCAGAUGCUCGCUUUGAAUCGCGUCGUGAGGGAGCUCUGUAGCCUGACGGAAGGAGGAGAAGGUCUACUCACCGAGAUACUUCCUAAUGACGAGGGGUCUUUGCCAUCCUUGGAGCCUAGCAAGAUUUUGAAUGAUAAUUCUCGUGGGAGUAACACUGGUGGCACGUCGGUGUCAACUAGCAGUUUCCCUCGGCAACAGCAACAACAGCAGCAACAACAAACACAGCCGCAGGGGAUGAGCACUACCUUACCAGGCUUCAAUCGACCACAAGGCUCGACGAGCGGAGCAGGCGCGGCAGCAGCAGCUACGUCCUCCUCGUCAUCAAGCGCUAUGAACAUUAAUUCAGCCGCUCCUAAAGCUGCAUCGGGUAAUGCGGCGCAACAGGCGGCAUUGACAAAAAGGAUUGCAGAGUUGAUCAAACGGCAAGGUGUUAACGUAUCGUCCCAACCUGCUAUCGCCCAGUUGCUGGCGCACCUGCCGCAGCAACAGCAACAACAACUUCAACAGCUACUACAACAACAACAGCAACAACAACAACAACAACAGAAGACGACAUAUGGGAUGGCGCCUUCGACAGGACAGCAAACUUCUCUGAGAUCGUUGAAUACCCAGGCUCAGCAGCAGCAGCAACAGCGUCAACAACGAGCCUUGAAUAGUCUAUCGCAGCAAGGUCCAUCAAACGUCGUGGCAUCUGCUGGCCUCUGUCCCUUUAUCUCCACCUUUGGGUACAUGCAUAUGAUCAGCAAUAGGGAGCCUCUCCGGCAGCUUCCGUCGGCUAUGAUAGCCCAGUUACAACAGCAAUACGCGGCUCAGGUAUUGUCUGGGCAAAUCACGACUAGUGCGGAGUUGAUGCAAGCCAUUGCUAACUCUGGCGCUGCUAAGCAAAACCAAGCUACUACUACUACUACUGCUGGUGCUGGUGCUGGCAUGCAGUCGGUUUUCCAGGCGGGGACUGCAACGGUUUCAACACCGUCAUCGUCGACAUCUGGCCCCCAGCAUGAUCUGAUCGCCUCACAGAUAGCGCAUCAGCAAGAAGGUCUUAGCAUGGGUGCUAAGGCGAAGACUAUCUCUUGCAAGUUUAACGCUGUUGGAAAGUGCGCAUAUGGUUCGCGGUGCGCAUACAGGCAUGCAGGAGAAGGCGCUGCUGUCGGUGGCGGUAAUAAUAAUAGCUCGUCGAAUCAGCCUACUACUACUGCUGCUAUUCUAGCUGCUAUGGCAAAGGAAACUCGGGCUCAGCAAAAUGCACCGUUAUUGACGAUAUCGCAGCAACAACAACUACUGCUACAGAAAGGGCAACAGCAGCAGCAACAGACGGGGACAGGCCGACAGUUGACGGGUCCAGGGGUGAGCGCGGCUCGAAGCUCAUCCGAGGGGCCUCGAGCUCCCGAAUCACAAAGCAAAGAUAUGAGUGAUUCGAUCAGUGCGGAAGCGGUGACCAGCGCUUGGCUGAAAGAUCAUUUGUCUGGAACGUCGUGGGCGGAGAGAUUAAGCUCGGCAAAGCCCGAGCAGCCUUCCUCCCCCUUCCGUGAUGGGGGUGGUGAUGAUGGGGCGGUUGCUGCUGCUGCUGCUACGCCACCCUCGUCACCGCCGCCUCCGGAAGAUCCUACUAAGGGUAGUGAAGACCAGCAGGAAUCGGAAGUGAAUUAUCAGAGUAGUAGAAAUACCGUGGAUUUUGAGGAGGUUGUGGUGAAGGACGAAGCCGACGAGGGUGUUGCGGAAUCUGCGGGCCCUCCUCCUGGUUUGGGAUUCGGUACUAAAACCGAAUCGAGUUGAAUAAACGAGUUUUGUUAUGCUUUUUAUGCUAUUUGCGGUCAUCGGUUUGCAAAAGCUCGGCGAAGGUUCGCGAAACAUUCGUUCAUUUCCUAAUAGGUCGAAAGGCUUACAGCCGGUCUCUGAUUCAAUCCGUUUCCUAUUUUCGUUACGUUUUUAUUUUACAUCACCAUCAUCAUCG